UCGAUUUAGAACAAACUUGAGUGGCCAUUAGUUUAAAUUUGUGGUGGUAAUUUUUACAUUCAGUUUUGUACCAUUUGUUUCGUUUUUCUGUUGACACCUCCAAUUUUUCGGGCUUCUCGUUUGAUGCUAAUUCAACUUUAUACACAUUAAUUUUUCAGAUCUGCACAAGAUCCCCACUGCAAAUUUCAGCUCAAGAACACAAAUAGUGCGACCUUUUUUGAUUUUUUUCCCCCCUCUCUACAAACAAGAAUUCGAGAAACCCAGUUCCCUCUUACAAUCUAAGAGAACAAAAAUGGAUCCAAAUCCGAAGAAUUUCCCAAUUCUCUCGUACGUUAUGGCCAAGAUUCCAAGCUUUAAACGCACUUUCUCCACUGCUGCUUCUGCCGCCGCUGCCGACUCCCCCGAUUUCGACAUCGAAAAUCCACCGCAGUCGACGCCGCUCGGAGAGCAAGAACCUUAUUUCGAGCUUACUGAGAAAAUGCCCCACCUCACUAAUCCAAAGCUCAUCUCCGCCAUGCGUUUGGCCGUUGCUGACGUUGCUCAGACCCGAUCUGUGCUUCACACCCUCGGUGUACGCCCGGAUCAUGAGGCUGUAGACGCUGCACGCUUGAAAUUAUCCGAAAUCGAGGCCGAUUUGUCGAAAAGUUUGGAAGAGAUAGUACUUGCUUCUCAGCCGGCGGAUUCUGUUUUCAGAUUUUUCUUUUUCAGGUCAUUAGUAGAAUUGAAUGCAAGUUUCAACAAACUGACUUACUUGCCAACAAAUAUUGGGUACGAGCUGGUGAAUCUGCAAAAGCUCUCAAUCCACCUGAACAAACUCCGAUCUCUUCCCAAAUCUAUUGGUGAUAUGAAAUCUUUGCGCCUUCUAGACGUGCAUUUCAACGAGCUCCAUGGUCUUCCACCUACAAUUGGUAGAUUGACAAAUCUCGAGAUCAUCAACCUAAGCAGUAACUUCAGUGACCUAACUGAACUUCCUGAUACAAUUGCUGACCUAACGAGCCUGAAAGAACUUGACUUGAGCAACAACCAGAUCCAUGCAUUGCCCGACCAAUUUGGCCGGCUUCAGAAUCUGAUUAAACUUAACGUUGACCAAAACCCUCUAGCAAUACCUCCAAAGGAGGUCGUGAAUGAAGGAGUUCAAGCUAUCAAGAAUUAUAUGACUAAAAGAUGGGUCGACAUGGUGAUGGAGGAACAGCGAAGGAACUCGCUCGAAGCGCAGGAACAGCCAGAAACCAGUAUAUUAACACGAAGCACAUCCUGGUUGAACAGUUUUGUUUCAAAUGUUACUGGAACCGUAUCAGAAUACUUGGGUGGAGCCUCUAGACAAUCAAAUGAAAAUUCUUACCUGAAUCAGCAGCUAUGAUUUCAUUUCUCAUGAAACUUGCGUCCCAUUUCCUUGUAAUUGAGGGAUUGAGGAGUUCUUGGACGCUGCUCUGGUUCUUCAGAAGCCAUAAAUUAUCUACUCUUUUCUUUCUUGUUGCCAGAACCCCAACUUCUGUUUAUGUUUUACUCCGAAUAAAGUAACUGUUAUUUUUGCUUUGCUUUCUGCAUGUUGGAAUUUCUUAAGCAAAUGUCUUGAGAAAUAAUUGGACUGAAUUCUUUCAUUGCGUUAUUAGAUCCUGAUGGAAUUUGGUUUUCCAUUUCUGUUCA